AUGUUCUCCUCAAUCUCAUUGGGCGCCCGGGCUCGACCACGUCCUGGUCGUGUGACCACUUCUGCCAGAUUUUUUUCUUCAACAAAGACAGCUCCAUCACAUUGGGCUAGAAAUGCCGUGGUUGGAGGUCUCAUCACUGGUCCAGCACUGUAUUGGGCUACUUCUAGUCGCGACGAAAAGCCCAGUGUGAGUCUCACUGGUGUGCCUGGUGUGCCGCGGCUAGACACUCCGCCCACGGAACAUUUGACGUUCGGGCCGGGCCUUUCACGAGACCAGGUGACCCAGAUCAUCUCCCAAAAUGCCUAUUCGGUUCCCGUCAGUGAGAUUUCUGGUGUCAGUAGAUACGAUGGCACUCAGUGGGCAUCCAAUAGCCCCUGCGAGGACCGUUUCUUCCAUGGCCAAUUUCCCUCACCGUGGAAUGACGGUAAACAGUGGAUGGCCUGGGCGGUCUUUGAUGGACAUGCCGGGUGGCAAACGGCAGAACUGCUGAAACACAAACUACUCCCCUACGUACGCCACAGUCUAGACCAAGUCCGAUCGGAUGAAAAAGUCCCUGCAGAGCGGGUCCAAGAGGCUCUGGUGCAAGGGUUCUUGAACCUUGACGCCGCUAUUUUCAAGGCGGCCGAGGAUGCAUCUCGCAGCGACGAACCCCUGCAAGACCGAAGCCAAAAGAUGGAGCCCGCAUGGGCAGGCUCAUGCGCCUUGCUUUCUAUUUUGGAUUCCACCACAAAUACACUGCAUGUUGCUUGCACCGGCGAUUCUAGAGCACUGCUAGGCCAACAAAGACCCGACGGCACGUGGGAAGCUAUUCCUUUGUCGGUGGAUCAGAGUGGAAGUAAUGAAGAGGAGGUUGCCAGACUGCAACAAGAACAUCCCGGCGAAGAGAACAUUGUCAAAGAUGGACGAGUGCUGGGUAUCAUGGUUUCCCGGGCAUUUGGAGAUAGUCGGUGGAAGUGGCCCUUGGACUUGCAAACGGAGAUGCAUAAGCGGUUCUACGCGCCGGCCCCCUUGACGCCUCGAUAUGAUGUUCGAACGCCACCAUAUCUGACUGCCGAGCCAGUGGUGACUAGUACCAAGAUCGACCCCAGUAGACCGUCUUUCCUGAUCAUGGCCAGUGAUGGAUUAUGGGACAAUCUCUCCAGUGAGCAGGCAGUUGGACUCAUGGGCAAAUGGCUCGGAUCCCCCUCGGGGAAGCGAAGCCCGUCUAGUCCGACGGCAAGCCGUGGGCCGCGGGACUUUGUCUUUGGGAAAGGGGUAGAGGAAAGAUUUGUGGAGGAGCGGACGACCGUGCAAGAUGAUAAUGCUGCGGUUCAUUUGACUCGCAAUUCUCUCGGUGGGAAUCAACACGAGCUGAUCGCAGGACGACUGGGUUUCGGUUCUCCCUUCUCCCGGUACGCUCGAGAUGAUAUUACGGUGCAGGUUGUAUUCUUCCAUGAUCUUCAGCGAUAG